CGCGGGCUUACUGGAUGUUGUCUGUGGACGUGUCUCGUCUCCCCCCGUAGCUCCUGAUCCAAGAUUUUUUCGUCAUGCCUCCUAAGCGUGGAAAAGAGAAGAAGUCGACAGAGAAGAAAACGUUUUGCCUCCUGCGAUGGAUCGAAGAUGAGACUGUCAGCGUACUCCCCGUUACAGCUGCGAAGACUGGGCAAAAGGUUUACCCAGGAGUUUACGGAGAUUUCAAGUGGCUAAAGAAAGUUUAUGAGGCGCAAGUGUUAAAGGUUUCGGAUGACCGCCAGGCUCUAUUGAGGGACUGUGACCGCCUAGUUAAAAUGGAUAUUACUAGUGAAGAGAUACUGAAUGAAGUGGAGACUAUUGAGACUGUCGACAGCACAACGGAUGUAGAACCAUCUCCUGCCAAAAAGCCACGGACAGCAAAGUGUGAUAAAAUGGCCCGCAUGACUGCUGCGAGAGGAAGGGCCAAGGCACUACUUUCCUCACUGGACUCCGAUUCUGAUGAUGAUGUACACAAAGGGGAGAAAAUGCCGAAGAAAGAAUAUGUGGACCCAGAUUCUGGUGGAUACAGGAGGAAAAAAAAGUUGAAGACAUUCCAAAGAGAAAAUGAUGACUAUGACUCAUACAUUGAGGAAGACGAUCAUAAGAGAGUGCUGGAGGCUGAAAUUAAAAUGUUGAAAGAGAAACUUGCUAAACGGAAUAAGUCAGUUUCACCUCCUGCAGUGAAUGUAACUAAUAACACCAUUCGAAAUUCUAGUUUUGAGGCUUUACAGAAGAUUACUAUUCCAGGCUCUGAUGUUGAACCUGCUAAAGUGUCUAUGGAUAUAACACCAUCCUCUAGCCCAACCCCCCAGCCUUAUAAGCGUUUAAGUGAAGCGGGAACAAGUCAUUCACCAACAGGACUGGGCAUGAAGGGUAUUAGACCUUCAUCAGCCGGACCAGCUAGGAUGGGUACUAGUCCUGCGUCUAGUCAAGUUUAUAAGGUUCAACCUAAAGCUAUUGAACUUGUGCCAGGAUAUGGGGUUUUUCUAACACAGAAACAGUUAGACAUGGCAGUGGAUGGAGCAAAGAACAGUCCCACGAGACUGAUCAGGAAUUUGAUGAACGUUUUCUUCACUCCUGAAACUUUGGCAACGUCAAGUGCCUGUGGAACAAGGAAACACAAGGCGCUAGAUGGAGAUAUUGUGCAAGCAUGCAUACAUUUUGUGAGAAGCCAGUUCGAGCAUGUUUCAAAAAGUACUCUGGUGGACUGCAUAAAUGAUAAAUGUGCGAAUUACAGAAGAAAGCAAUGACUGAUCAACUAGAACCUUUUUGUCACUUAAUAAUAUAUCAGUGGAACCUUUCAUUAUCACUUUAUCUUUGUACAUUCAUCACUGACCUUCAUUAUCACUUUCUUUGUACAUUUAUCACUGAUCUAUGUAAAUUCUUUGCCGUAGCGGACCAUGUGCGCUAAAACUGACAUUGUUAAUACAACAAGGUUGUUGCAAGCAUGUGACCUGUACAGGCAUGGUACAACCAAUGUGACAAUCUUGUCACAACCUUGUUACUACCUACUGACAGUUCCAAAUCCAAAGUUGUUUCAAUCCAAUUUCAAGGUUGUUACAAGGUUGUUACAAUUGCUUGUUACAAUCUUGUCACAACCAAUCUCGCAUGGU